AGCCACAUUUGAAUCCAUAUCCCAGUUGAAAAACAACUCGUUUUUGCCAUAGUCGAACCAUUUAAAGCACCACACACAGAGAAGAGUCUUUCCAUUUUUAAGUAUUGCCAAACACAAUUUUGAAAAAUGAAGUUUGGAAAAGAGUUCUCAUCACAGAUGGUGCAAGAAUGGCAGGGGGCAUACAUGGACUACUCCCAUCUCAAGAAACACCUCAAAGCCCUCCUCAAAUCCCGGCAGCAGAGCAACAACAACCCCGGCUUCAAGAGACGGAGGCAGGCCAUGUACAGGGCCUUCAGCGGCCUCACUGGCCGGAGCUCACCCAAGGCGAGAGAAGAAGAGGCUGUCAUGAUCCCACAUAGUGCAUACCAGGCCUUGCUCAUGAAGCUGUCAGCAGAAGGCGCUGAGCAAGAGCUCGAGUUCUUCAAGAAGCUCGACCUUGAGUUUGAUAAGGUGAGGACGUUCCACGAGGGGAAGGUACAGGGAAUACAGGAGAAUGCCGUGGAGCUUAGCAAGCAGAUGGAUGCUUUGAUUGCUUUGAGGAUCGGAGUCGAGAGGCCGGAUCACGUGCAAGAAACGGUGGCUGCUGGCGUGGUUUUGAGUCCAGCGGCUAGAAGCCCUGAAGGAGAGCAUAUGGAUGUGAUUCAAGAAGUUGAGAUGGACGAGGCCGAGGAGAAAACUAAGAUUCUUGAGGGUUCGAGGCCUGCACGUUUGCAAGUUUUGGAACAUGUCAAGAUCAAUGUUGAUCCUGAUACCCCUGUCUCGACUCUGAAAAACGUCGUCAUGAGCUCGAAGAUGAAGCUGUCGUUCAGCAAGGACGAGCUGAGGAGAGCAGAGAAGAAGAUGCGCAAGGCCUUCAUCGAGUUCCACCAGCAGCUUCGCCUUCUCAAGAGCUACAGUUUCUUGAAUAUGCUUGCCUUCUCCAAGAUCAUGAAGAAAUAUGACAAGAUAACUUCAAGGAAUGCUUCAAAAACAUACCUGCAAAUAGUCGACACAUCAUCUCUUGGAAGCUCCGACGAGAUUUACAAACUCACCGAAAAACUAGAGGCCUCGUAUAUCAAGCACUUUGCAAAUGGAAAUCGAAGAGAAGGAAUGAAGGUGUUGAGACCAGGAGCGAAAAGAGAGAGGCACCGGAUAACGUUCCUUCUAGGUCUAUUCACCGGCUGCUGUAUAGCUCUGAUUGCUGCCAUCAUCGUCUCUGUUUAUGCUCGCAAUCUUCUUCAGCACGAAGGAGGAAGACAGUAUAUGACGAACAUAUUCCCACUCUACAGCUUGUUUGGAUACAUCGUCCUGCACAUGGUCAUGUACGGAGCAGAUACCUAUUUCUGGAGGCGAUUAAGGGUGAACUACCCCUUUAUAUUUGGCUUCAAACCAGAGACGUCACUUGGCUUCAGAGAAGUCUUGGUCGUUGCCUCUGGACUCUCAGUACUCACCCUAGCUGCUAUUCUUGCUCAUCUCGACUUGGAGAUGGAUCCGGAGACAGAGAAAUUCCGAUUAAUAACUGAACUGCUUCCGCUGUUCCUAGUAACUGUUGUGCUUGUUAUAACACUAUGUCCCUUCAACAUAAUAUACCGUUCCAGUCGCUUCUUUCUCAUUCGUUCUACAUUGCACUGCAUCUUUGCCCCUCUCUACAAGGUUACCUUCAUUGAUUUUUUCGUGGCAGAUCAGAUGACGAGCCAGAUUCAGGCUAUCAGAAGUCUGCAAUAUUAUAUAUGUUACUACGUGUGGGGCGACUUCAGAAAGAGAUCGAACGAAUGCACAAACAACAGUACUUACAAGUUUCUAUACAUAGCUGUGGCCGUUAUUCCAUUCUGGCUGCGCCUCCUUCAGUGCCUCCGACGUGUGUUUGAGGAGAAAAGCGCUAUGCAGGGCCUCAAUGGCCUAAAGUAUUUCUCAACAGUCGUUGCUCUUGUGAUGAGGUCAUUGUAUGAUAUCACUGUACAAAAUGGCAAUGCAUCGGCGUUUUGGAGAAUCAUGGCUGCAGCAACCUCCGGCAUCACGACCAUCUACAACACGUAUUGGGAUAUUGUAGUGGAUUGGGGUCUCCUGCAAAAGAAAGCCAAGAACAGAUGGCUGCGAGAUAAGCUUCUGAUAUCAAACAAAGCUGUAUAUGUAGUAGCUAUUGUAGUCAACAUACUUCUGAGGCUUGUAUGGAUGCAGCUGGUCCUUGAUUUCAAUCUACCAUUUCUCCAUAGAAAUGCCAUGAUCGCUGUUAUUGCCUGCUUGGAGAUACUUCGUCGUGGCAUUUGGAACUUCUUCAGGUUGGAGCAUGAGCAUUUCAACAACGUGGAAAAUUAUAGGGCAUUCAAGUCCAUACCUAUGCCAUUUUACUAUGAAAAAGACCACCACAUCAUGUGACAAACAUGACUAAUGAAAUUUUGUCCUGUGUUAGGGAGAUGUCGUUUUAAUAUUUGUGAUAAGUGUGUAAAGGAAAGCAUUUCCAGUAUGUGUAGAUAAUUUUUCUGGUGUUAUUUAGCUAAAUCCUGAAUCAAUCAUCAGAAUCUUCUCAAAGUUUUACACAAAAAAUACAAGAACAUUGGAAGUUCAGGAA